AUGCCUACCGCGAUACAGUUUGGUGAUAUCAACACGAGCAAUUUGCCCUGGAAGGAUCAAAACCAACACCUAGUGAUAAUAUUGGUGGACUUGGCCUGUCCAGGUACCAAGGAUCUGCUUCAGAACGCCGAUCAGCUGCUUUACAAUCGUGUCCGCUGGCUCGUACUUCAUAGCACAAAGGAAAAAGCAUGGAAGGAUUGUAACGAGUAUAAAGUCCUCGACCGAUUGCCACUUUUCAUCAGCAACGAACUGUUCUACUUCUGUACCGAUCCGAUUACGAACCGCCAUCUUGUCCGCCAACAGUAUCGCCUCUCGGUCACGAAGCCAACAGAGUUGAUCACCGAAGUCUUUGGCGUCUGGGAACCGACGCAGGGCGUAGUGCUUGCUGCCGGUCAUGGAUCCCUGAUAACGUCCAUGCGGAGACAAAACUUUAACCAAUUUCAACUACGUGCUUCUAUUGUCAUCCUACACAAUGAAACGCUGAACCAUCUGGACGAUCUACAUGAUAAACAUAUCGAUACGAUAUCCCGCGUCAACUAUCAGCUCACGAAAGUCAUUGCCCAAGCCCUCAACGCCACCGUGAGCUUCACAUUCGUCGACUCCUGGGGCUACCGGGAUCCGAAUACGGGUCGCUACAACGGCAUGAUCGGUGAACUGCAGAGCGAUCUGGCGGAUCUGGGCGGAACGGCGAUGUUCUUCACACAGGAUCGCAUCCACAUCAUCGACUACCUGUCCAUGACCACCCCGACGCGAGUUAAAUUCGUGUUCCGUGCACCGAAACUCUCCUUCACCGACAACGUGUUCGUGCUCCCGUUCGACCAACCCGUCUGGUACUGUACGAUCAGCUUCAUUCUCCUGUCCGGUGUCCUCUUGGCGGUCGUUUUACGCACCGAACAGCGGUACGCCAUCGGAAGCGAUGGCACUGGCCCACCAGCAAGGCUUUCCGAUGCACUGCUGAAUGUGUUCGGUACCACGUGCCAGCAGGGUUCAUUCAUCGAACCGAAGACUCCCCCUUCGCGCUGUCUUAUUUUGCUCUGCCUCGUGGUACUGAUGUUCCUCUAUGCCAGCUACUCGGCCAACAUCGUCGCUCUGAUCCAAUCGCCGUCGACGAAAAUUCAAACAUUGGACGAUUUGCUCGCCUCCCGGCUGAAGACCGGUGCUGAGGAUACGGUCUACAAUCGCUACUACUUUCAGCACCAAACGGAACCCAUCCGCAAGGCACUGUACGAGCGUAAGAUGCGCAAUAGGGAUGGCACGGAAAACUUCCUGCCACUGGCCGAGGGCGUUGAGGCCAUCCGGCAGGGACACUACGCGUUCAACGUCGAGCUCGGUGUGUGCUACAAGCUGAUCAGCGAAACGUUUCAGGAGGAGGAAAAGUGUGGCCUACAGGAGCUCGAAUACCUCAAGGUGAUCGAUCCGUACUAUGCGGUGCAGAAAAAUUCCUCCUUCCGCGAGCCGAUACGCAUCACGCUGUUCAAGCUGCGCGAGUUCGGCAUCCAAGGGCGCGAAAAUACGCUCCUCUACACCAAGAAGCCCCGAUGUACCGGUGGUAGCAGCUUCAUACCGGUUUCGAUCGUGGACGUUUGGCCCGCACUGAUGACGCUCGGGUGGGGCUAUCUGUUGACCGUUUGUCUGCUCAUUGCCGAACAGCUGUGGUUUCGGACGCGCGGAAGAUUACUACCAACCGAUGUUUACUUUCAACAUUAA